AUGGGUGCAGUGGUGGGCACUUUGACCAUGCAAACCAGGCAGAGGAGACCAUCUAGAGAUAAGCUGGAUGAUGAUCUGGAGUUAACCAUGGUCUGUCACCGGCCUGAGGGUCUGGAGCAGCUGGAAGCCCAGACGAACUUCAGCAAGCAGGAGCUACAGAUCCUGUAUCGUGGUUUCAAGAAUGAGUGUCCAAGUGGCGUGGUGAAUGAGGAGACUUUUAAACUCAUCUACGCACAGUUCUUCCCUCACGGAGGUAGGACGAAAAUCCUCUUUCUCUACUUGCCUUUUCCUUUCUUUGUUGCAGAUGCAAGCACAUAUGCACAUUACCUUUUCAACGCAUUUGACUCAACAAACAACGGAUCGAUUAAGUUUGAGGACUUUGUAAUGGGGUUGUCUACGCUGCUGCGGGGAACGCUGAGGGAGAAGCUGGAGUGGACAUUUCACCUUUACGACAUUAACAGAGACGGUUACAUAAGCAAAGAGGAGAUGACUGAGAUUGUAAGGGCCAUUUAUGACAUGAUGGGCAAAUACACCUACCCUGCACUUAAAGGAGAUAUCCCUCAACAGCACGUGGAUUCAUUUUUCCAGAAGAUGGACAAAAAUAAAGAUGGAGUUGUGACUUUGGAUGAGUUCAUUAUAGCUUGCCAGGAAGAUGAAAUCAUGAUGAGAUCCAUGCAGCUAUUUGAAAAUGUUAUGUAG